UUAAUAUCGAAUCAGUUCUUGAAUCUAGACCAUUGAAAGACUGGGCCACUGCUUAUGUUGGUCCAAAACAUGUUGAAAGUGGCACAACUAGAACAUGUUAUAAAGCUCAUAUCCUAGCACCAUCCUCCUCAUUUCCUGAAACACCUGCAGAUAAUUUGAAUAUAUGUUUGAUGGAUCAG